GACUGUGCAAACGGGAAUGCAGAGAAGCUUAGGCCUGAAGCCAUUACUGCUGGAUGGACAAGCACUGACAAAACAAGGGAGGGAGAGAAACAGAAACAGAGGGACAAGGGGAGGCUUGCUAAGGGGAGCUCCCAUUCUGUCUAAGCUCCCAUUCUGUCUCAGGGCUAAUAGAGAGAGGGGAAGUCUCUAUUUCCACAGAUCCCUGGGAGCAGGAGAGGAGCAAGAAGCAGACACUGUUUCACAACAAGCAACAGAGCACGGAAGAGAGCAAGAGAGGGGACGUCACUGCACUUUGAACUUGUACAGACUAGCAGGACCAGAGGGAGCUGUGUGUGACUUUAUCAUGAUCUAUUUAAAAUCUUUGUUGUAAAUAGUGAGCCUUUAGAUUCAGUGUGGUUGUUCCCUGAAUUGUCUGUCAUCUCUGACUAUUGGCUGUCUGUCUGGGGGGAUAGAAUAGUGCUGCCAAGCUAAUGAAACAAAAAAAGUGCUAUUUAUAAAUGUUUUUGUGACUCAACCUUCUAUGGGGUUGAAUGACAACAUUUAAUUUCCAAGAUUUUCUGAAUAUCUGCUUGUGGUACAUACGUAUAAGAAAUUCUUGACACCAAUUUGAGCUCCUUCUUGCCAAGCUAUAACGGUGCUGCUGUCUGUAAGAUUGAUUGAUAACACUUUCUACACACAGCCCAGAACUGGUCCGACUAGUUUGUAAGUAGGGUAAAGUAAGUCGGGCAGUUUGAAGGAGAGCAGUCCUUUUCUUUCUGGUCUUCUCCUUCGCUCCUCCCUGCUUGUCCAGGGAGAAAGUAGCGUGGUGUAAGGAGAGGAGAGACAAAUGAAGAAGGGGGGUCCUAUUUUACCCCUCAUAGACCCUCCUCCUAGUGUGGCGGAAGUGACAGAGACAGAGAAAGAGCGAGCGCGAGCAUGAGCCUAUAAGUGUAAUUUAUUGUUUCCUGUGAAAGGGCAGGCUGCACCCUUUUCUCCCUCCUGAAAUCUGAACUGCUUGUUGUGUCAGAACUUUCAGGAGGAGCCAUUGUCUAGGGGUCAUAGGAAAAACAGAGGAGUGAAGGAGAAGAACAAGAGAGUGAGAGGUCGGAGAACAGCACCGCGGUAGAAAAAUAGAGGAGUGAAAGGGAUCUCCGGGUCAUUUGACAGAGACAGAAGGGGAAAGAGGUCAAGAGAAGGAGUCUGGAACAUGUGCAGUUUCAGUUGUUUUGACUUUUCAUAACGCUGUCAGUUUUGCUUGGAAGCUGACUAAAAACCAAUACCUCUUUGUGUGUGUCAGCCGUGUCACUCGGAUAUGGCCAUGGUGAUCAGGGGAUGGGGCAACCCUAAUGGAGAGACCAACGGACUGGGGGGGGGGAAGGCUUACUUGCGUGGGGAUGAGGAGGAGGGCUCACCUCAGGCCGGGAGUGAUGCGGAGGAGGGAGACGAGGACAAGGCAUGCGUGGUGAACUGUGUGGUGUGUGGGGACAAGUCCAGCGGGAAACACUACGGGGUGUUCACCUGCGAGGGCUGCAAGAGCUUCUUCAAGAGGAGCAUCAGAAGGAACCUCAACUACUCCUGCAGGUCGAAUCGAGAAUGCCAGAUAGACCAGCAUCACCGCAACCAGUGCCAAUACUGCCGGCUGAAGAAAUGCUUAAGUGUUGGCAUGCGCAAAGAAGCAGUCCAGCGUGGACGUAUCCCUCCAUCCCACCCAGGCAUCAGUCCCACUUCUCUGGUCGGCGGAGGUGGCGGUACCAGGCCAGUAGGGGGCGAAUUCUUCAACGGCCAGCCCAUGUCAGAGCUCACCUCCCAGCUGCUCCACGCCGAGCCCUACCCCAGCAUCCGCUACGGAUCCCAGUACGGCCAGCAGCAGAUGCAUGGUGCUGGAGGAGGCUCCGUCAUGGGCAUCGACAACAUCUGCGAGCUGGCGGCACGCCUCCUCUUCAGCACCAUCGAGUGGGCCAGGAACAUCCCUUUCUUCCCUGAGCUGCCUGUCACUGAUCAGGUGGCUCUGUUGAGGCUGAGCUGGAGCGAGCUGUUCACCCUGAAUGCAGCCCAGUCCGCCCUGCCGCUACACAUGGCUCCUUUGCUGGCCGCGGCCGGCUUCCACUCACAGCCCAUGUCGGCGGAGAGGGUGGUGUCCUUCAUGGACCAGGUGAGGUUGUUCCAGGACCAGGUGGACAAGCUGACCCGGCUCCAAGUGGACUCAGUAGAGUACAGCUGCCUCAAGGCCAUCACCCUCUUCUCUCCAGAUGCGUGUGGUUUGACAGACCCCGUCCAUGUGGAGUCUCUGCAGGAGAAGGCCCAGGUGGCUCUGACGGAGUACGAGAGGAUGCAGUACCCGGGUCAGCCACAGCGCUUCGGACGUCUUCUCCUCCGCCUGCCUGCUCUCAGGGCCGUGCCCGCUAAUCUCAUCUCCCAGCUGUUCUUCAUGAGCUUGGUGGGCAAGAUGCCCAUCGAGACCCUCAUCAGGGACAUGCAGCUGUCUGGGAGCUCCAUCAGCUGGCCAUAUGUCCCUGGGCAGUGAGGAACAGAAGCCUAGGACACACAGGAUCCUGGAAGAGGAUCCUGGCUGGAACCUAGAGCAAGAUGGAGAGGGAUUAUUAGCCAGUGAUGUCAUAAUUCUUAAACGUGCAAUAUGCAGAAAUCGCUCUGCCAUUUCCUGGUUGCUAAAAUUCUAAUAGUUUGCCUAAUUUCAGUUUAUGUGACAAAGAAAGCAGUGUAGAGAAUCAUUGUAUCAUCUUAACCAGUAUGAAAAAUAUUUUCAAUAACAUUUUUUUUUUCUUCAGCUGUUUGAAGCUGGUAUACAAAACCGAAAGUAAAAGACGCAAAAACUAAACUUAAGAAUUGGAAGCAUAGAAAUAUAACAUAAAUCGAAUGCUUCUUAGACUUGCUUUCAAUGAGAAUGACAGAUCUAUAACUAACAUUUCCAUGUGAAUCUGGUCACCCAAAAAGUUACAUAUUGCAGUUUAAGGUCUAAUAAAGCCAUUUUUUAUCUCAAUAUCAAAUCAUAUUUGGGCAACAAUUAAGUACCUUACUGUGAUUGUUUUCAAUUAAAAUAGUUUAAAAAUCUAAAUAAAAUCUUCUUAGCCAAUAGCCAAUUCUCAAGAAAGAAUUUGCUAGGACUGUCUGGGAGUGGUCUGAGUGGGGAGGGAAAAACUGAAAACAAGCUGUUAUUGGCAGAGAGGAUUGGAACUCUUUCUUAUUGGUCUAUUGACUAAUUUACCACCGGGUGUUGAC